AUGGAGUCUAAAAUUGAAGACAAGCCCGCCCUUCAGCAACGUGUCUCCAAAGAUAUUGCAGAUGGCGAGAUCGUCAAGCCUGGCGAUGCACUGGCUGACGAUGAGGAGCUCACCAUUGCGCUGGCAAACUAUGUGCCUGAUACAGCCGAAGAACGACGCCUUGUUCGAAAGAUUGACUUAACUCUUCUGCCUUGCCUAUGGUGGAUGUAUGUCCUUGCAUACCUGGAUCGCGGGAAUAUCGCGAAUGCCAAUGCAGCUGGAAUGAGUGAGAGUCUCAACAUGAAGGACAACGACUACUCCCUCCUUGUCUACCUGUUUUUCGUCGGCUACUUCCUCUGCGAAGUCCCCUCCAACAUGAUCAUGAACAAAUGCCGCCCAUCAGUCUACCUUCCAACCAUCGUCUGGGUUUGGGGCUGCAUCGUCAUUGCACUAUCGCAAGCCAAGAAUUAUAAGGGCUUCCAUGCUGGGCGGUUCUUCCUCGGUUGUAUCGAAGCCGGUCUCUUUCCAGGGGCCAUCUACCUUCUGACAUGUUGGUACACCAAGAAAGAAAUCGGCAAGCGAUUCUGUAUCUUCUACACAUCGGGUUGCAUCGCUCCAGCUCUAGGCGGUAUCAUGGCCGGCGCCAUCGUAAAAGGCCUCGAAGGAGUCCGAGGCAUUCCUGGCUGGCGCUGGCUAUUCAUCGUUGAGGGCACACUCACUGUCUUCUGUAGUUUCGGACUAUACUUCCUCCUACCAGACUAUCCCCGUAAUGCCCGCUAUUUCUCACCCGACCAGCGCCGUCUUGCUCAGAUUCGCAUCCUCGUUGAUAGACAGGUCAGUGUCGGCAGCACGAGUCGUCGAAUGACCUCAUGGCAGGCCUUCAAGGCUGUUGUCACUGAUGGGAAGACCUGGUUCUUCCUCAUCGCUUACAGUAUCAUCAUCCUCGGCAUGUCCAUCUCAUACUUCGUACCUACCAUCCUCAAGACCAUGGGCUACACCAAUGUCACUGCGCAGUGGAUGACUGUCCCCAUCUGGAUUACCGGUGCCGUAUGUCAGCUGGCUCUAUCUUGGACUUCAGAUAAGCUCCAAGAUAGAAGGUGGCAUAGCUGCGGUCUUUACGGACUUGCGGCUGUCGCAUGCAUAAUCUCCGCCUUCGUUGAUUCGGCCAUUGCCAAAUAUGUCAUGAUGUGCCUGCUUGUGGCUGGUCUCUACACUGGCCUACCUCUUAUGCUCAACUGGACAAGCGAGUCGAUCCCAUUCCCUGACCAGAAACGCUCGAUUUCCAUUGCCUUUGUCAACUCAUUUGGCCAUCUGGCGAUUAUCUACGGAAGUUAUCUAUGGCCCAGCACGAAUGCGCCCCAGCACUUGGUCGGUUUUGGUACUCUGACAGCUACAUGCGGCUUUGGAUGCGUCACCGCGAUUAUUGCACCAUGGUUCUUCAAUCUCCUACCCAAGGAGCCUGUCACCAAGGCCGAACGAGAGCUAGUGGCUCUUCAACACCAGGAUCGGCAGGAGACCUGA